CAAAAUUGUAUCUCCGCUCCCCCCCUUUCUUGCCCACUCUUAUUUGCAAGCUGCAUCUGCCUCUCAAAAAAUUGAGGGGUUCGGGGAAGAGCGGGGGGCCGUAAAUCAGAGUUAGACCUGCAGUACCCCCCGCACUUCGAGGGCAACCAUGACCGAAGAGAGCGCUGAUGUUCCCAGGGAGUUGAUAGAAAGCAUAAAGGAUGUUAUUGGCAGGAAGAUAAAAAUUGCAGUGAAGAAGAAAGUAAAAUUGGAAGUUAAGGGAGACAAAGUUGAAAACAAAGUACUGGUGCUUACAUCAUGCCGAGCCUUCCUUGUGACAGCGCGAAUCCCCACCAAGCUUGAGUUAACCUUCAGCUAUUUGGAGAUUCACGGAGUCAUCUGCUGCAAGCCAGCUCAGAUGGUUGUGGAAACUGAGAAGUGCAGCAUCUCCAUGAAGAUGGCGUCGCCCGAGGAUGUCAUUGACGUGCUGGCUCACAUUGGCACCUGCCUGCGGAAGAUAUUUCCUGGCCUCUCUCCAGUAAGAAUCAUGAAAAGAGUGUCCGUGGAGCCAUCUGAGCGCCUAGCUAGUCUCCAGGCUCUGUGGGACAGCCAGACCGUGGCCGAGCAGGGACCCUGUGGUGGAUUUUCUCAGAUGUAUGCCUGUGCUUGUGACUGGCUUGGAUUUUCAUACAGGGAAGAAGUACAAUGGGAUGUGGAUACAAUUUAUCUGACACAAGACACCAGGGAAUUGAAUUUACAAGAUUUUAGUCAUCUUGACCACAGGGACCUAAUACCUAUCAUUGCUGCUCUGGAAUACAAUCAGUGGUUCACAAAGCUGUCCUCUAAGGAUCUAAAACUGUCCACUGAUGUCUGUGAACAGAUCUUGAGGGUGGUGAGUAGGUCCAAUCGACUGGAAGAAUUGGUAUUGGAAAACGCUGGACUUAGAACAGAUUUUGCACAAAAACUGGCCAGCGCUCUAGCGCAUAAUCCCAACUCAGGACUCCACACAAUUAACCUUGCUGGCAACCCACUGGAGGACAGAGGUGUAUCCUCUUUAAGUGUUCAAUUUGCCAAACUCCCAAAAGGAUUAAAGUAUUUAAAUUUAUCUAAAACCUCAUUAUCACCUAAAGGGGUGAACAGCCUUUCUCAGUCACUCAGUGCCAACCCAUUGACCGCCUCCACCCUCAUCCAUCUCGACCUCUCAGGGAAUGUCCUUCGUGGCGAUGACCUCUCGCACAUGUACAAUUUUUUGGCCCAGCCAAAUGCCAUUGCUCAUCUGGAUUUAUCCAAUACAGAAUGUUCCCUGGAAAUGGUCUGUGGAGCUCUUCUCCGUGGAUGCCUUCAGUAUUUAGCUGUGCUCAAUCUCUCCAGAACUGUAUUCUCUCACCGUAAAGGAAAAGAAGUACCCCCAUCUUUCAAGCAGUUUUUUAGUAGUUCUCUGGCUUUGAUGCAAAUCAACCUUUCAGGCACAAAACUGUCUCCUGAGCCCUUGAAAGCGCUGUUAUUGGGCCUGGCUUGUAAUCAUAGUUUGAAAGGGGUUUCUCUUGAUCUCAGCAACUGUGAGCUGAGAUCAGGAGGUGCUCAAGUAUUAGAAGGCUGCAUCGCUGAAAUCCACAACAUCACCAGCUUAGACAUCUCUGACAAUGGUUUAGAAUCUGACCUAUCUACCUUAAUAGUGUGGCUCGGUAAAAACAGAUCAAUACAACACCUGGCGUUAGGCAGAAAUUUUAAUAAUAUGAAAUCCAAAAAUCUGACACCUGUAUUGGACAACUUAGUACAGAUGAUUCAAGAUGAAGAAUCACCUCUGCAGUCCUUGUCUCUGGCUGACUCAAAACUCAAGACCGAGGUCACCAUCAUCAUCAAUGCCCUGGGAAGCAACACCUCCUUGACCAAAGUGGACAUUAGUGGGAACGGAAUGGGGGACAUGGGAGCAAAGAUGCUGGCCAAAGCACUGCAGAUCAACACCAAGCUCAGGACUGUGAUAUGGGACAAGAACAACAUCACUGCACAAGGCUUUCAAGAUAUAGCUGUUGCUAUGGAAAAGAACUAUACAUUGAGAUUUAUGCCAAUUCCUAUGUAUGAUGCUUCUCAAGCCCUAAAAACAAACCCUGAAAAGACAGAAGAAGCUCUGCAAAAGAUAGAAAACUAUCUGCUACGGAAUCACGAGACUAGAAAAUACCUUCAAGAGCAGGCUUACCGCCUACAGCAGGGUAUUGUCACCAGCACCACCCAGCAGAUGAUUGACAGAAUAUGCGUGAAAGUACAAGAUCAUCUCAACUCCUUACGUAACUGUGGGGGAGAUGCUAUCCAGGAAGAUUUAAAGGCAGCAGAACGGCUCGUGCGUGAUGCUAAGAACUCUAAAACGUUGUUACCAAAUUUAUACCAUGUUGGUGGUGCGUCUUGGGCAGGAGCCACUGGCUUAUUAUCCAGUCCAAUUCAGGAGACCCUGGAAUCAAUGGCUGGUGAAGUUACAAGAGUUGUUGAUGAACAACUAAAGGCAUUGCUUGAGUCCAUGGUUGAUGCUGCUGAGAAUCUUUGUCCCAGUGUGAUGAAAAAAGCCCACAUUCGACAAGACUUGAUUCGUGCCAGCACCGAAAAGAUUUCCAUUCCACGUACCUUUGUAAAAAAUGUCCUGUUGGAGCAGUCUGGAAUUGAUAUCCUUAACAAAAUUAGUGAAGUAAAGUUGACAGUGGCUUCCUUCCUGUCUGAUCGAAUUGUGGAUGAAAUCCUGGAUGCACUCUCACAUUGCCAUCAUAAACUGGCUGACCAUUUCAGCAGACGUGGCAAGACCCUUCCUCAACAAGAGUCCUCAGAGAUCGAGCUGGCUGAGGAAAAGCCAGUUAAACGCUCCAUCAUCACAGUGGAGGAGCUAACAGAGAUAGAGCGUUUGGAAGAUCUGGAUACCUGUAUGAUGACUCCUAAAUCCAAAAGAAAGAGUAUCCAUAGCCGAAUGCUACGGCCUGUUUCUAGGGCCUUUGAAAUGGAGUUUGAUCUAGAUAAAGCACUAGAAGAGGUGCCAAUUCACAUUGAAGACCCACCCUUCCCAUCCAUCAGACAAGAGAAGUGGAGUUCAGGAUUUAUUUCCGAGUUGCCCUCUGAAGAGGGGAAGAGGCUGGAGCACUUUACCAAGUUACGCCCCAAACGAAAUAAGAAGCAGCAGCCUACCCAAGCAGCGGUUUGUGCUGCCAACAUAGUAUCCCAAGAUGGUGAACAGAACGGUCUUAUGGGGAGAGUGGACGAAGGUGUAGAUGAGUUUUUCACCAAGAAGGUGACCAAAAUGGAUUCUAAGAAAUGGUCAACAAGAGGCUCAGAGUCCCAAGAGCUUAGUGAAGGAGGAGAUGAAAAGAAAAAGCGAGAUUCUUGGAAAAGUGGUGGCUUUCUCAAUUUAAUCAAAUCCCGGUCCAAAUCAGAGCGGCCACCAACAGUCUUGAUGACAGAAGAACCCUCCUCCCCGAAAGGGUCAGUCAGAAGUCAAGCUGUGGACACUCCCAGGAAAGACACAAAGGCAGCCGAGCACAUUGGCAGUUCUGAACAACGGAUAGAGGAGAUAAAAACACCUGACUCCUUUGAAGAUAAUCAAGGGGAAGAAACCGGGAAGGUGGACCGGAGUGACAGCAAGAGCAGCCCGCAGGGUGGGCGAAGGUAUGGGGUGCAGGUGAUGGGCAGUGGACUGCUGGCAGAGAUGAAGGCCAAGCAAGAGAAGAGAGCUGCUUGUGCGCAGAAGAAGCUUGUGAACGACGCCAUAUCCCAGGAUUCUUCCAGCCCAGCCUUGAGCAACAUGGAACGGCUGGAUGGAGGUGGUGCAGGUCUUCCAGAGAGCCGCUUUGGUUUGGGAACACCAGAAAAGAAUGCCAAAGCUGAACCCAAAGUGGAAGGGGGCUCCAGGUCUUGCAGCUCUUCCAGCACACCUCCUAGCCCAAAGCCCCUCCUGCAGUCCCCCAAACCCAGCCUGGUGACACGGCCCAUCAUCCCACAGAAACCAAGAACCACCUCAAGGCCUGAGGACAUCCUAGACUCUCCAUCUGGCUCAAGUUCCCAUAAAGUUGCUCUUCUUCCACCGGUCCUGAAAAAAGUUCCUUCAGACAAGGAGAGAGAUGGCCAGAGUAGCCCCCAGCCAAGUCCCAGGACGUUUUCCCAGGAAAUUUCAAGGAGAAGCUGGGGCCAGCAGGCCCAGGAGUAUCAAGAACAAAAGCAGCGGUCCUCCAGUAAAGAUGGCCAUCAAGGCAGCAAAUCUAGUGACUCCGGGGAAGAAGCAGAAAAAGAGUUUAUUUUUGUGUAAAGGUCACCCCUGCAGAAGUCUUCCUGUGCAGGGUGCAUUUGUUAGCCAUCAGAGAGGAGCCGAGGACAACACCUCUUCUUCCCAGGCAUUCUUCUCUUGGUGCUUUAUUCUCUUCUUUUUCUUUCUUUCUUUCCUUUUUCUUUUCUUGGAAUAUAGAAACAGAUCCAUUUCUUGGUAAUUGAAGCACAUUUGUUGGGUCUUCCUCCAACCCUUAGCAUUUGAGUUCUACACAUUCCUUCAUAUGCCUUUAACAAAAGCCAGCAAUUAUUCCAUGGGCCCUACUUGAAUUUCUCUGAGGCAGCUACAGAUUGCCCUGCAGGAUAAGUUUUUGGAGGUAAACAAAGUAACUGGACAUACACUCACACAAGUAACACCACCCAGCAGACCAUGGGGUACUGCUGAGUGUACCUGUGUCAAAUAUGCACAUGACUCGAUAUAGCAAUUUAUUCUUGAUGUAUAUGCAAUUGCACAUUGUAAUUAUGUUAACAGAGCACACUAAUAAAUAAUUUGUAUACAUUAUAUAUAUUAGAUCUUGGGUAUGGUUUUUACAGUCUCCCAUGGGGAACUUCUUCCUUCCUGAUGUGAAAUUGUACAUUUAAAGUUGGUUGGUGACCUUCGUGUACCAUCAACAAGCACAGCUAAGAACAGAGUGAGAGAGGCCCACAGCUGAU